AUGGCAACAACUUCACCACAUAAUAAUAAUAAUGACACUGAGAAUCCGCUUCCUGUUAAUAAUCUAUCAAGAAAACGCUCAUCCUAUAAUCUCGAUAAUGAUACCACAUCUGAUACACAAAGAAGAAAAC